GGCCCGCGGCGCAUGCGCCGUCUCUCCUUCCCGCUCCGCUCUUCCCCCACCUCGUCCGUCUGUCCGUCCCCCGGCGCUGGGGGCAGCCCGGGCUUCCCGCUUCCGGUGUGGUGUCAUGGUGGCCUGAGGGCGCCGAUGGCUGAGGAGGAGGAGGAGGGCGAAAGCUGAGCGUCGCGCCGGAUCGCGCCGAGGGGAAGGGGGCGUCGGACCCCGGCCCGCGUUCAUCGCCCGCCUGGGCGGCGGGACAUGGCGGCCCACAAGCCGGUGGAGUGGGUGCAGGCCGUGGUGAACCGCUUCGACGAGCAGCUUCCAAUCAAAGCGAGCCAGCAAAAUACUCACACCAAAGUCAGCACAGAGCAUAACAAGGAAUGCCUCAUCAACAUUUCGAAGUACAAGUUUUCCCUGGUCAUCAGCGGCCUCACCAAUAUCUUAAAAAAUGUUAACAACAUGAGGAUAUUUGGAGAAGCUGCUGAAAAGAACCUGUAUCUUUCUCAACUGAUUAUUUUGGAUACACUGGAAAAAUGUCUUGCUGGGCAACCGAAAGACACCAUGAGGCUUGAUGAGACAAUGCUGGUCAAGCAGCUGCUGCCGGAGAUCUGCCAUUUUAUCCACACGUACCGCGAGGGGAAUCAGCAUGCUGCGGAGCUCCGCAGCUCCGCCUCCGGGGUGCUCUUCUCUCUCAGCUGCAACAACUUCAAUGCGGUCUUCAGCCGUAUUUCCACCAGAUUGCAGGAACUGACGGUUUGCUCUGAAGACAAUGCUGAUGUUCAUGACAUCGAACUCUUGCAGUAUAUCAGCGUGGACUGUGCUAAACUGAAGCGAAUACUGCAAGAGACAGCCUUUAAAUUCAAAGCCCUCAAGAAAGUUGCACAACUGGCUGUUAUCAACAGUCUUGAAAAGGCAUUUUGGAACUGGGUGGAAAACUAUCCGGAUGAGUUUACUAAGCUGUAUCAGACCCCGCAGACGGAUCUGUCAGAUUGUGCAGAGAAGCUGUUUGAUUUGGUGGAUGGCUUCGCUGAAAGCACUAAGCGCAAAGCGGCUGUUUGGCCCUUGCAGAUAAUCCUCCUUGUCCUUUGUCCGGAAAUCAUCCAAGACAUUGCCAAGGAUGUGGUGGAAGAAAACAAAAUAAACAAGAAACUCUUUCUGGACAACCUCCGGAAGGCGCUUGCAGGCCACAGUGGAAGCAGGCAACUGACGGAAAGUGCAGCCAUCGCUUGUGUUAAGUUGUGCAAAGCAUCAACCUACAUCAGCUGGGAAGACAAUUCUGUCAUUUUCCUUCUCGUACAGUCUAUGGUGGUAGAUCUCAAGAACCUGCUCUUCAACCCGAGCAAGCCUUUCUCGCGGAGCAACCAGAGCGCAGACAUAGACCUUAUGAUCGAUUGCUUAGUGUCCUGCUUCCGGAUCAGCCCACACAAUAACCAGCACUUUAAGACUUGCCUGGCACAGAACUCUCCAUCAACAUUUCAUUAUGUGCUGGUAAAUUCACUCCACCGUAUAAUCACAAAUUCUGCACUGGACUGGUGGCCCAAGAUCGAUGCAGUGUACUGUCAUUCCAUGGAACUCCGCACCAUGUUCAGUGAGACCCUCCACAAAGCCCUGCAGGGUUCCGGCGUCCACACUCCGAUUCGCAUGACGCCGAGUCUUACCUUUAAAGAAAAAAUGACAAGCCUUAAGUUUAAAGAAAAGCCUACAGAUGUUGAAACCAGAAGUUAUAAGGUCUUGUUGUUGUCCAUGGUCAAACUGAUCCAUGCUGACCCCAAGCUCUUGCUUUGUAACCCGAGGAAACAGGGGCCGGAGACUCAGGGCAGCACUGCGGAGCUCAUCACGGGGCUGGUCCAGCUGGUGCCACAGUCCAGCAUGCCUGAAAUAGCGCAGGAGGCCAUGGAGGCCUUACUUGUGCUGCAUCAACUGGACAGUAUUGACCUGUGGAAUCCAGACUCACCCAUUGAAACGUUCUGGGAGAUCAGUUCUCAAAUGUUGUUUUGUAUAUGCAAGAGGCUAACAAGCAAUCAGAUUCUCAGCAGCACAGAAAUCCUCAAGUGGCUGCGAGAGAUUUUGAUCUGCAGGAACAAAUUUCUUCUGAAAAACAAACAAUCAGAUAGGCGUUCCUGUCCCUUUCUCUUCCUUUAUGGGGUAGGAUGUGAUGUCUCUGGGGGUGGAGCUAAUCAAAUUUCUCUUGACCAUGAAGAGAUGACGCGCUGUAUUCCAGGAGCCACGCUCAGGAAGGGCAAGGGGAAUUUCGGCAUGGAAAGCGCUACGGGCUGCAGCGGGACACCAAUCUGUCGCCAAGCACAGACCAAGUUGGAGGUGGCCCUCUACAUGUCCCUCUGGAGUCCCGACACGGAGGCGGUGCUGGUUGCGAUGUCCUGCUUCCGACACCUGUGCGAGGAGGCAGACAUCCGGUGCGGCGUCGACGAGGUGUCCGUUCACAACUUCUUGCCCAACUACAACACCUUUAUGGAGUUUGCGUCUGUGAGCAACAUGCUGUCGACAGGAAGAGCGGCUCUCCAGAAAAGGGUGAUGGCGUUGCUAAGGCGGAUUGAGCAUCCAACAGCGGGAAACACAGAGGCUUGGGAAGACACACAUUUAAAAUGGGAUGUAGCCACAAAAUUGAUCCUCAACUAUCCAAAGACAAAAAUGGAAGAUGGCCAGGUCACUGAAAGCCUUCACAAGACGAUAGUCAAAAGACGCAUGUCUCACGUCAGUGGGGGAGGCUCCAUCGACCUCUCCGACACAGACUCCCUGCAAGAGUGGAUCAACAUGACGGGCUUCCUGUGCGCCCUCGGCGGGGUGUGCCUUCAGUACCGCGGGAGCACACCCUUUCCAUCCUACAGUCCUCCCAUGGGCCCUGUGAGUGAGCGCAAAGGAUCCAUGAUAUCCAUCCUGUCCACCGAAGGCAACACGGAGAUGCCCGUGAGCAAGUUCAUGGACCGCUUGCUGUCUUUAAUGGUGUGCACCCAUGAGAAAGUGGGCCUGCAGAUACGGACUAACAUCAAGGAACUCAUGGGGCUCGAGCUGAGCCCUGCUCUUUACCCAAUGCUCUUCAACAAGUUGAAGCACAACAUCAGCAAGUUCUUUGACUCUCAAGGGCAGGUCUUGCUGAAUGACACCAACACGCAGUUUGUGGAGCAGACCAUUGCCAUCAUGAAGAACCUUCUGGACAACCAUACCGAAGGCAGCUCAGAGCACCUGGGGCAAGCGAGCAUCGAGGCCAUGAUGCUGAACCUCGUCAGGUAUGUGCGUGUCCUUGGGAACCUGGUACACGCAAUUCAGAUUAAAACCAAGCUCUGUCAGCUCGUGAAGGUAAUGAUGGAGAGGCGUGAUGACCUUUCCUUCUGCCAAGAGAUGAAAUUCAGGAACAAGAUGGUAGAAUAUCUGACAGACUGGGUUAUGGGAACGUCCAACCAGGCCACAGAUGAGGAUGUGAAAUGUUUGACCAGAGACUUGGACCAGGCCAGCAUGGAAGCCGUGGUGUCUCUCCUUGCGGGACUUCCGCUGCAACCUGAGGAAGGAGAUGGAGUUGAACUGAUGGAAGCUAAAUCACAGUUGUUCCUUAAGUACUUCACGCUGUUCAUGAACCUCCUGAACGACUGCAGUGAAGUCGAAGAUGAAAGCGCGCAAACCGGCGGCCGGAAACGCGGCAUGUCCCGAAGGCUGGCCUCGUUGCGCCACUGCACGGUUCUGGCCAUGUCCAACUUGCUCAACGCGAACGUGGACAGCGGCCUUAUGCACUCCAUAGGUUUGGGGUAUCACAGAGACCUCCAAACAAGAGCAACGUUCAUGGAGGUCCUCACCAAAAUUCUGCAGCAGGGCACGGAGUUUGACACCCUGGCAGAGACGGUGCUGGCAGAUCGGUUCGAGAGAUUGGUCGAGCUGGUCACCAUGAUGGGCGACCAGGGGGAGCUGCCCAUUGCCAUGGCCUUGGCAAACGUGGUCCCUUGCUCGCAGUGGGACGAACUGGCCCGUGUGCUCGUCACUCUGUUCGACUCCAGGCACUUGCUCUACCAGCUGCUUUGGAACAUGUUUUCAAAAGAGGUUGAACUGGCCGAUUCCAUGCAGACGCUCUUCAGGGGAAACAGCCUUGCUAGCAAGAUAAUGACUUUCUGUUUUAAGGUCUAUGGGGCAACUUAUUUACAGAAGCUUUUGGAGCCUUUGUUAAGGAUGGUGAUCACGUCUUCUGAAUGGCAACAUGUCAGCUUCGAGGUGGACCCUACAAGGCUGGAAUCCAGCGAAAGCCUUGAGGAUAACCAGCGGAGCCUUCUGCAGAUGACGGACAAAUUCUUCCACGCCAUCAUCAACUCCUCCGCGGAGUUCCCACCCCAGCUUCGAAGUGUAUGUCACUGCCUUUAUCAGGCAACUUGCCACUCUCUCCUGAAUAAAGCUACCGUAAAGGAAAAAAAGGAAAACAAAAAAUCAGUUGUCAGCCAGCGGUUUCCACAGAACAGCAUCGGAGCUGUGGGAAGCGCCAUGUUCCUGAGGUUUAUCAAUCCCGCCAUUGUCUCUCCAUAUGAGGCAGGGAUAUUGGAUAAGAAACCCCCUCCAAGGAUCGAAAGGGGCUUAAAGUUAAUGUCAAAGGUACUGCAAAGCAUUGCCAACCAUGUCUUGUUUACAAAGGAGGAGCACAUGCGACCCUUUAAUGACUUCGUAAAAAGCAACUUCGAUGCUGCACGGAGGUUCUUCCUUGACAUCGCGUCCGACUGCCCAGCCAGCGACACGGUGAAUCACAGCCUCUCUUUCAUCAGUGACGGCAAUGUGCUGGCCUUACACCGUCUGCUGUGGAACAACCAGGAGAAGAUAGGCCAGUACCUUUCCAGCAACAGGGACCACAAAGCUGUUGGGAGGCGCCCUUUCGACAAGAUGGCAACCCUGUUGGCGUACCUUGGCCCUCCCGAGCACAAGCCUGUGGCGGACACACAGUGGUCCAGUAUAAAUCUCACCAGUUCCAAGUUUGAAGAAUUCAUGACGAGGCAUCAAGUACAUGAAAAAGAGGAGUUCAAAGCCCUGAAAACACUAAAUAUUUUCUACCAAGCUGGGACAUCAAAGGCUGGGAACCCUGUUUUCUACUACAUCGCUCGCCGGUUCAAGACCGGCCAGAUCAAUGGCGAUUUGCUGAUCUACCAUGUCCUGUUAACUCUGAAGCCAUACUACGCCAAGCCAUAUGAGAUUGUGGUGGACCUGACACACACCGGCCCCAGCAAUCGUUUCAAGACAGACUUCCUGUCCAAGUGGUUCGUUGUUUUCCCAGGGUUCGCGUAUGAAAAUGUCUUUGCUGUUUUCAUCUAUAACUGUAACUCUUGGGUGAGGGAGUACACCAAGUACCACGAGAGGCUUCUGACAGGCCUCAAAGGCAGCAAGAGGCUCAUCUUCAUCGACUCUCCCGGGAAACUCGCGGAGCACAUUGACCACGAGCAGCAGAAACUGCCCGCAGCCACCUUGGCCUUAGAAGAAGACCUGAAGGUUUCCCACAACGCACUCAAGCUGGCCCACAAGGACACCAAAGUUUCUAUCAAAGUUGGUUCGACAGCUGUUCAGGUCACUUCGGCUGAGCGCACGAGAGUCCUUGGGCAGACGGUGUUCCUGAAUGACAUUUACUACGCCUCUGAGAUAGAAGAGAUCUGCCUUGUGGAUGAGAACCAGUUCACCUUAACCAUCGCCAACCAAGGCACGCCCCUCACGUUCAUGCACCAGGAGUGCGAAGCCAUCGUGCAGUCCAUCAUCCACAUACGGACGCGGUGGGAACUCUCGCAGCCUGACUCCAUCCCACAGCACACAAAAAUCCGGCCCAAGGAUGUACCUGGAACACUGUUGAAUAUUGCGUUACUCAAUCUGGGCAGCUCAGACCCAAGCCUACGGUCUGCAGCUUAUAAUCUUCUCUGUGCCUUAACAUGUACCUUUAAUUUAAAGAUUGAAGGCCAGUUACUGGAAACUUCAGGUCUAUGUAUCCCCGCCAACAACACCCUUUUUAUUGUCUCCAUUAGUAAGACUUUGGCAGCUAAUGAGCCUCACCUCACCUUAGAGUUUCUGGAAGAAUGCAUUUCCGGAUUUAGUAAAUCUAGCAUUGAAUUGAAACACCUCUGUCUGGAAUAUAUGACCCCCUGGCUUUUGAAUCUGGUCCGCUUCUGCAAACACAACGAUGAUGCCAAGCGCCAGCGAGUCACUGCUAUUCUGGAUAAGCUCAUCACAAUGACAAUAAAUGAGAAACAGAUGUAUCCUUCCAUUCAAGCCAAGAUCUGGGGGAGCCUUGGACAGAUAACGGAUCUGCUUGACGUGGUGCUGGACAGUUUCAUCAAAACGAGCGCCACAGGCGGGCUCGGAUCCAUCAAGGCCGAGGUUAUGGCAGACACAGCUGUAGCUCUGGCUUCUGGAAACGUGAAACUGGUUUCCAGCAAAGUCAUUGGCAGGAUGUGCAAAAUCAUCGACAAGACCUGCCUGUCGCCAACGCCUACACUGGAGCAGCACCUGAUGUGGGACGACAUCGCCAUUCUGGCCCGCUACAUGCUGAUGCUCUCCUUCAACAACUCGCUCGACGUGGCUGCCCAUCUCCCCUACCUCUUCCACGUCGUGACUCUGUUGGUGGCCACUGGCCCUCUGUCCCUUCGUGCUUCCACCCACGGGCUGGUCAUCAACAUCAUUCAUUCCCUGUGCACCUGCUCGCAACUCCACUUCAGCGAGGAGACCAAGCAAGUCUUGAGGCUGAGUUUAACGGAAUUCUCGCUGCCCAAAUUCUAUUUGCUCUUUGGGAUAAGCAAAGUGAAGUCGGCGGCUGUCAUCGCCUUCCGGUCCAGCUAUCGGGACCGAUCGUUUUCUCCAGGGUCCUAUGAGAGGGAGACCUUUGCUCUGACAUCCCUGGAGACUGUUACGGAGGCUCUGCUGGAAAUCAUGGAGGCGUGCAUGAGAGAUAUUCCAACUUGCAAGUGGCUCGACCAGUGGACGGAACUCGCUCAAAAGUUUGCAUUCCAGUAUAACCCGUCCCUGCAGCCAAGAGCCCUUGUUGUCUUUGGUUGCAUCAGCAAACGAGUGUCACAUGGACAGAUAAAGCAAAUAAUCCGCAUUCUUAGCAAGGGUCUGGAGAGCUGCUUGAAGGGCCCUGACAACUACAACAGCCAAGUUUUAAUAGAAGCCACGGUCAUAGCCCUCACCAAGCUGCAGCCCCUCCUCAACAAGGACUCACCUAUGCACAAGGCCCUCUUCUGGGUGGCCAUAGCUGUUCUGCAACUGGACGAAGUCAAUCUGUACUCGGCAGGCACCGCUCUGCUUGAGCAGAACCUCCACACCCUGGACAACCUGCGGGUUUUCAAUGACAAGAGCCCUGAGGAAGUCUUCAUGGAAAUCCGGAGGCCUCUGGAGUGGCACUGCAAGCAGAUGGAUCACUUUGUGGGACUGAAUUUCAACUCCAACUUCAAUUUUGCACUUGUGGGACACCUGCUGAAAGGUUACCGGCAUCCGUCUCCUACCAUUGUAGCAAGGACAGUCCGAAUCUUGCACACCCUCCUCACUCUGGUUAACAAACACAAGAACUGUGACAAGUUUGAGGUGAAUACCCAGAGUGUGGCUUACCUUGCAGCAUUGCUAACGGUGUCUGAGGAGGUCAGAAGUCGGUGCAGCUUAAAGCAUAGGAAGUCUCUCCUGCUGACAGACGUUUCGAUGGAAAAUGUCCCAAUGGAGACCUUUGCCGUGCAUCACAGCGAUGCCUCCUGCCGGACACUAAGAGAAAACCAGCCAUGGUCUUCUCCCAAGGGCUCGAACAGACAUCUUGCAGCCAGUUACCCCACCGUUGGGCAGAUCAGUCCGCGAACCAGGAAGUCCAUGAGUCUCGAUAUGGGGCAGCCUUCUCAAGCCAACACUAAAAAGCUGCUAGGUACAAGGAAGAGUUUUGACCACUUGAUAUCAGACACAAAAGCACCCAAGAGACAAGAAAUGGAAUCAGGGAUCACCACACCUCCCAAAAUGCGGAGAGUAGCAGAAAAUGAUUACGAAAUGGAAGCACAACGGAUAUCACCGCAACAGCAUCCACAUCUCCGGAAAGUGUCUGUGUCUGAGUCCAACGUCCUCCUGGACGAAGAAGUGCUCACGGACCCCAAAAUCCAGGCCCUUUUGCUGACUGUCCUCGCCACACUAGUAAAAUAUACCGGAGACGAAUUUGACCAGCGAAUCCUGUACGAGUAUUUAGCAGAAGCCAGUGUUGUUUUCCCAAAGGUUUUUCCUGUUGUGCACAAUCUGUUGGACUUCAAGAUAAAUACCUUGUUAUCACAGUGUCAAGAUCCAAAUUUACUGAACCCGAUUCAUGGCAUCGUUCAGAGCGUGGUUUACUAUGAAGAAUCUCCACCCCACUACCAAACAUCUUAUUUGCAAAGUUUCGGAUUCAAUGGCUUAUGGAGGUUUGCGGGACCCUUUUCCAAGCAAACCCAAAUCCCGGAUUAUGCUGAGCUCAUAGUGAAGUUCCUCGAUGCCUUGAUCGACAUCUAUUUACCUGGAAUUGAUGAGGAAGCCAGCGAGGAAUCCCUGUUGACGCCCACGUCUCCGUACCCUCCUGCCGUACAGAGUCAGCUUAGUAUUACUGCGAACCUGAACCUCUCCAAUUCCAUGACCUCCCUGGCAACUUCCCAGCAUUCCCCAGCUUCUCUGCCUUGCUCUAAAUCUGCCGUUUUCAUGCAACUUCCUCAUCCAGGUACACGCCCUUCUCUCUCUCUCACUCUUUCUCUCUCUUUCCAUUAUGCUUGCACGAGCUGCUGCUUGGUUCUGCGGGGGCUCAGGGCAGGAGAGGGAAAGUGGGGGUUUGUUCUUAAAAGUGGAGUUUUUUAUUUUAUUUUAUUUUAUUUAUUUAUUUAUUUAUUUUUGCACACAUGGGUCCAAAAAGAGAGGCUGAAAAGAAGGGCCGGGCCGUGUUUCCAUGGCGCGAGCGCAACGCUUCUGCUGCUGGGAGUGUUGGGAGGCAGCAGAGCACCGCACCUGGAUUGCACCUCCGCUUCUGCUAUGGAGCUGCUGGCUGAGUGGCCUUCUGCAAACUGCCGCAUCUUGAAAAUGGGGGAAAGUUGCCAUCUUGUAAAGCGCUAGGCACACAGAGAGUCCGCUAGACAUUUCAGCUGUGUGUUCAGCUGCGCUUUGAGAUCUUGGGCAGCGGGCCUGAGGAAAAGGAAGCAUGCCACGGGGACGUAUUCCCUGUUCCUCUUGCAGCCUUCUCCUCUUGCUCUGCAAACCCCAGCCACUCUCCAAAGCACUCUAGGUGGGUCUUCCUUUCUACCCUCGUGCCCAACAGCCAUUCAUAAGCCUAUCCUCAGUCCUCUCCUCUAUCAAACCAAAGAAGGCGUCAAGCGAAGGCUUCCUGUAAGGCUUCCCAGGAGCUCUGUGUGGCUAUUGAGCAGUAUCUAAAAGCAGGAAAUGAAGAGCAAAGCUACACACUUUCCCUCUUCCUUCCUCUUCUCCAUCUAGCAGUCUGGAAGGAGCAAAGCACUCUUGCCAGAACUGCGAACCGCUCCACGCUUUUGCCCACCUCUGCUGUGAAUAUUUUGCACCCAGCUCUAAGAAAACGCAUCCAGAUAACUGGGGAAACUGCCAUUCCUGGGCAUGUGUUUCUGUGUUUGUACUCCCCACACCCAUCUUCAUCUAUCUGCCCUGUUCAGUUUCCUUUCCAUUUCAGCUUGGCAUGAGUAAUUACAAGUUCACCUUCGGCUCUUUGACGCCCGACUUACCCAGAAUUUUGUGUGUUUGGGGUCACAUACAACUGAGAUAGGAAAUUGGUGGGCAGACAUUAAGGGCGAAAGAUGGGGAGCCCUUAAUGAAAUUGACGAUCCCCUUCUCCUGGCCCCCAGUAUUAGCUGAAUCGUGCCCCCCUCCAGCUUCUGUCAUGCAGCACUGCAAGGAAAUGUCAUGCAAAGUCUUUUGGGACAUUUUGUUUGCUUUUUAUUCCCUUUUGAUCCCACUUGAUUUUCCAAGACCUCUGAGGAGUUUCCAGUAAAAAUACAGAGGAUGUAAACACAAUAUAAAAUAAUGAUGACCUUAACGUGUUACAGAAAGCCAAACAGCCAUUAUCUUAGGAAAGUAGAAUGUCCUCAAACAAGUUUAUGUUUGGUAUCAGAAAACGGACACUUAAAGCUUUGCUUCGCUGUGUCUAGUUUUUGUUUGAAAAAUCCCAUGUAACUCUCUUUUCAUCUCAAUACUUUAUGGCGGCUGGGAGCAAAAAAAAAAAAAAAACCAGUGGCAGAAAUCAACAAAUGUCUUGGCAUGUUCUACAUGUUGGAUGCUUUUUUUGUUGACAGAAAGAAAACUGCAAAUUAAUGGUUGAAAUUAGGGGACAUGGUUUAUUACCGUACAGGUGGCAUCGUCCUACAAGGACUAUGGUACAGACCUGCAUCUGUGUAAAUUCUGGAACUGCCAUGCACUUAGGGGUGGCACUUGUCCCAAACUGUUGGUUAAAAUGAAAACUAAAAAGCUAACCGAACUGGCACCUGGAGUAGCCACUUUGACCCCUGUCGUGCUCUGAAACAAGCCAGCUUUGUCCCUUUGGGCGCUCAAUAGCCAGAUUUUAAACUCUUAUUUUGAACUGUUUGAUGCCACGACCCUGUGUGAGUUUAAUGAGAGGCGCUCUCAGACUUGCCCGUUGCUGUGCAUUGAUCAGGAUGAUGGAUGACGAUGGUGAUUAUUAUGAAUGAUUAUUAUUUGCAAAGGAGGAGAAAGGCCUGUGUUCGAGAACAAUGCGGCAAGGUUGAAGAAGCACUUGCCGCCUCUGGUUGAAGCAUUUGGCGUGCAUGCACGUGCGUUGAUUCACUGCUUGCCGUCGCGUCCUCCCUCCCCUGCAGAUUGCGAGUCUGGAUGUGAUCGGUUUACUCUGUGGGGCUUAGGAGACAUCCGGUUAAAGCCAAGGAGAAGCCAAGCCAAGCAAAGCAAAGCUCAUCUGCUUCCCCGGAAAUAUCUAGCCGCUCGCCGGGAGGCAUUGCAGGUGGCCUUGCAGCAUCUAUGGAAUAUGGGCAGGGCAAGAAAUGUAGGACCGGGGGGCCUGAGUAGCUCAGAGCAGCCCGAUUCGAACCCCGGAUUGUGCCUAUGUCACACUUUUGCCCCAUCCAGAGGGAGAGGUGGGCACCCUGCCCUAGUUGGAGAAUGAUUUCACAAAAGGAUGCAGAGGACAGGCACGAGCGAGGCAAGCAGGCCAGGCUGUAGGGACAGAUUAAUUCACCCACCAGCUCUCCGUGGCUAAGAAGCCUGAAUGAGGAAGGAGUACAUUCCUGAUUCAGACAGGACCAUCGUUGGAUACUUGAGCAAAGUAGCCUUCCUGUCCACCAUUACCAAGGCCUGGACCUCCUGCCUCCCCCGCUUCGCUCUGUCCUAUUAAGAAAAACCAACAAGACGAGAGCCCCAGCAAAGGCACCAAAGAGCAGUGCAGUAGACAAAAAUUGAUUCUAAAGACAUUUACUCUUCCAAUGCCUUUCGGAUGACAUAAUGGCCUUUUAUUAAGAUCUACACAUGCACAAUUUAAAUAUGUCUAUAUAUCCCACAUGCCUAAAACAAUACUAUUUGUACAAACAGAACUAAAAAUUUAAUAGAAAAAGGAGGGCUCAAAUUCCAAAAACGAUCUCCUUAUAAACUGUAUAAAAAAUAAUAUAUAUUUAACUGUUCAUACAGAUCUGCAGGUAUAUUAUGCCAUUCCUUUCAGCAACUUUUAUCUAUUGUCGGUGCAGAUAUAUAGAUGACAAGACAUUUGAUCUGGCAGGAAAUAGGAAGGAGUCGAUUGAGCUUCAGAAGUAGGUAAAUACUGGAACUAGUAAUAUCUGUAUGUCAGUGUUCUUAUACAUUGGGUAUUAUGAUAUCACUAUAUAUUACAUAACCCCUUUUUCAAGUAAAUCGAAAAACUUGGAAUGUCACAUUGGAGGUGAUUGAGGGCUGUAAGGAUAUAAUUUGUUUAAAAAAAAAAUCUGCCUGGAAAGGGGAGGAUGGUGGUUGGUUAGUCAAUCAUGAUUUAUGCAGAAAAGCACAGCGUAAGAUAUGACAAUAUCUGAAACUCAUUUGAGAAUAUAUUCCUUAUCGAUCAUUUAUACGAAUGAAAAGAGCCUGUACAGUUGACUCAGGUGAGAGAAGAAAAUCUGCAAAUGUACGCCAAAGGGCUCUCCAGAGAGGUUGUUACUUAGAGCUUUGAAAAAGGGAGAUUCUGUAAGCAGCUCUUCUUUACACAAAAGCGGUUCAAUAAUAGAAUAAUAGAGUAGUUUACUCCUUAACAGUAUCAGUGUUUCUUUAAGAUAAUCAUCCAUAGUGCUGGAUGCAAAAUCAUAUAUAGCUUAUCAAAGAAUCAGAAAUAUAGGAGAUAGGUUAGUUAGAAGCGAUGCAAUUGAUUUUUGAAAAGCCACUCGAAUCCUCUUGCCAGGAUCAAGACCUCCAUGUGCAUAUAUUACAUGUUGCAGGCAUUUGUAAAUCAUGCUGUCAGGAAGCAUUAUUCGUCCAUAGAUUUUCCAACAUACAACAGUAUAUUUGCACUAUAUAUACUCUACUUUGUCCUUGCCACAAACUGUUUAAGGUAAAACUCCAAGAAAUCUUACAAUCAGAAUAGAACAUACCUAUAGCAUCAACAUGUGGAAACCCUUUUUUUUUUUUUUUUUGCUCCAGCAUCAGGAAGGUAAAUUCCAUAGAGUAAUUUCUUCCUUUCUAGGCAAAAGAAAAAAGUUACAAACAGAUGGAUAGCAAUCCUGGGGAGAAAGAACCCAAAUUGAUUUUAAGGCUAAACGGGCAGGUCAUAUGGGGAGCAGAGAGGUUUUUGGAAUGUCAAGCCCUCCUUUUUAUCAGAUUUUUAAUUUUGUAUAUAAAAAUAAUGGCAUCAUUUUAGGCAUGUUGGAUCUAUGAAUCUCUGUCCAUAACGAAUGGACAUGUUUAAACCUUAGAGCAUUACAGAAGGACCUUUAUGCGGUGCUGACAUGCUAGGAACAGUAAACACUUUUGAAUAAAAUUAUC